AUGCAUAUCCUCAUCGUCUUUGCUCAUCCGAAUGAGCAAUCCUUUUCACACUCGGUGGCCGAACGGGCUGCUGCCGGGGCCAAAAGCAAAGGUCACACGGUCAAGCUUCUAGAUUUGUACCGGACAGGUUUUGAUCCAAUCUUCACGACACGAGAUCUGCAGCAGUUUGAGGGCGUUCAGAUGCCCGAUGACGUUUUAGAACACCAAAAACUUGUCGAUGAAGCGGAUGGGAUCUUCUUCAUUUUCCCGGUCUGGUGGUACGGAAUGCCCGCCAUGAUGAAGGGAUGGCUGGACCGAGUUUGGUCUGCUGGCUGGGCCUAUCGAUGGAAACACGACCCGGAGGGGAGUCUACUCAAACAUCGACCUUGUACGGUUCUGGCUCUGACGGGAGCAUCAUCCAACCAGUUGAAUCGCUGGAGUUACGACAAGCAUCUACAACAUGUCUGGCGUUACGGAGUCUUUGGCUAUUGCGGCUUUGAGCCUCUCAGAAUUACAUUUCUUGAAGACUGUGCUUUCGACGGCAGUGGCAAGCAUGCCGGCCACCUGGAGAAGGCGUUUUCAGCUGGACAGCAAAUUGGGAAUGACCCCGAAGCUCGGCCUGGAAUUAAUUACCUGUUGCAUCAUGGGCUCGACUACAAGGUUGAGAAGUACGAUCCUCAAUAG